UGAGAACACUUCUCUCUGCGCUUAACAGCGCUUGCCGAAUGAGCUGUCUUGAUACCAAACCACGCUCCCGUCACGACCCAGCGCAGCUCAAGCGAUGACUUCAAGGACUAACGACCAGUUGCGGCCGACCAGCCGUCGUGGUGCGUCAGGUGCAUGGCGUCGCGGCGACCGGCUCAAGCCCGCACCUGCAGAUACGCUUGAGCUGUAUGGGCUGCCGUCCAAGGGCGAGACGAGACUGAACGACUUUCGCACGCAAGAGCUCUACUUCUCCAAGCUGAUCGAGCGCUACAUGCGCCUCUGCGCCAUCAACGAGAAGCAGCUCUCCUCCCUCUUCGCCUCCAUAACCCUCACCGACGCACCUACAACUACACCCCUCGGCCUCCCGUUCCCCGCCGCACCCCCACCUCCAGCCGAUGCCCUCCCCGCCGCCCCGACAACCUUCAACAGCCCUCCCAUAAACGACCUCGCGACCGUCCUCAGCGCCUUCCGUAAACUCCGCGAGGCCAUCACCGCUACAGCCCGCAAAGAUGCGUUCGCGCGCCGCGCAUACUUUUUCGGCAUCCACGCCGCCGUCCUCUGCAAGGACUGGGCCUCCUACCUCCCCGCUCUGAACUACCUCCUCACCGCCCUUCACGCCGCGACGCCCCUCUCCCCGCCCGAUCUGAAAGAGUACGUCGGUCUGCUGGUGCUCGACCAAGCGUGCCGGCAGGGCGACAUUGCGCUCGCGCACGAAACGCGACUUCGAUACAAUCUUAAGGAUCGGAGAGUCGAUCUGGUGCUCAAGGCGCUGGUUGCGGAUAAUUGGGUUGUGUUCUGGAAGAUGAAGAAGGCGGUCGAUGGGUAUCAGCGGAGCAUUAUGGAGUUUGCGGAGCAGGGCGUCAGGGUGCAUGCGCUGAAGUGCUUGGGGAAGGGCUAUUUGAGUGCGGAUAAGAGGUUUGUGGAGAGGAGCGCUGAUAGGGAGUGGGCAGAGUUGGUGAAGGAUGGGGUGGGGUGGGCGUUGACGGACGAGGACAAGGUUGUUAUCAAGAAGCCGAAGCAGAAGUGAAGAGAGGUAGGACAAGGAUCCGAGUCAUUAGAUAUGUGAUACCAAACGUGCAACGGCAUAGGCUAACUGCGGGUGUGGGGAGGAAGGCGAAGGCUAAUUGGACUAUC